AUGGGUUCCGUUGCCACAUUGACACCCGACCAAAUCCAGGUCAUCAAGGCCACCGUUCCUGUUCUGGUCGCACAUGGUCAACCUAUUACAACGGUGUUCUACAAGAACAUGCUCAAUGCGCACCCUGAGCUAAACAACGUCUUCAAUGUGCCAAACCAGCGUAAUGGGCACCAGCCCCGUGCCUUGGCUGGUGCUCUCUUCGCAUAUGCUUCAAAUAUUGACAAUCUGGGGGCCCUGGGUCCUGCAGUGGAGCUCAUCUGCAACAAGCAUGCUUCUCUAUACAUUCAACCGGAGCAGUAUCAGAUUGUCGGCAAGUUCCUUUUGGAAGCAAUGGGCGAGGUGCUCGGAGAUGCUUUCACUCCAGAGAUCAAGGAUGCGUGGGCCACAGCAUACUGGCAGCUUGCCGAUAUCAUGAUUGGCCGGGAGAGGCAAAUCUACGAACAGAGCCACGGCUGGACGAACUGGCGCGAGUUCAAAAUCCUCGACAAAGUGCCGGAAUCAGAGGAGAUCACCUCGUUCUAUCUCGCUCCCGUCGACGGCCAGCCUUUGCCGUCGUUCCAACCCGGUCAAUACCUCUCCGUGCGAAUCAACGUACCGGAACUACACUGCCUGCAGCCCCGUCAGUACUCGCUCAGCGACAAGCCGUCCCGGGAAUUCUACCGGAUCAGCGUCAAGAAAGAGAAAGGCCUUCCCGCGACGGGGACAGCUGCCGCUUCGCACCCAGGCUACGUGUCAAACCUCUUGCACGAUCGCUACAACAAGGGAGAUAUUGUCGAGGUUUCUCACCCCUGCGGUGACUUUUACCUGUCCGCUACUGCCGCCGAGCCCUCCACGCCGGUGGUCCUCAUCUCUGCCGGUGUCGGUCUGACUCCCAUGACUUCGAUCCUCAACACUCUCACAUCCAAGCCUGCGUCAGCUGCGCGAAAGCUGCACUUUAUUCAUGGAGCGCGAACCUCUGCUGCGCGUGCCUUCCGGGAUCAUCUCGAUCAGUUGAAGCAGAGCCAUCCCAAUCUCCAGGUGACGCUCUUCACGGGCCACCCAGCCGAGAACGAAAAGCAGGGUGUCGAGUUUGACUUCGGUGGACGUGUGGACUUGAGUAAAUUGGAUGCCAAGCAAUCACUGUUCACGGAUGCCCCCAACACGGAGUACUAUAUCUGCGGCCCCGACUCAUUCAUGACUGAUAUGCAGGCCGCAUUGAAGGAGAUGGGAGUCGGUGCUGAUCGCAUCAAGAUGGAGCUCUUUGGCACUGGUGGUGUGGCUUGA